AUGGCAACCCGCCGCGCGGCGUUAGGCUUGCCGAGCCGCCCAGAUGAACAGAUACGAGCGAGAAGAGCCGCUGCCGCCGGAUACAUCGAACAGAGCGAGGACUCGCAGAGCACCCCUCGGAGGAUCCGCAGAGAAGGAGAAAACAUCCGGAUCGCCAUUCAACAACCGGUGCAGACCAAACCUGCGUCGAUGCCCUCGACGGCCUCCUCGCGGCGACCAUCCAUUCCGAUGCCUUCUACCCGGCCACCUUUGACCCAUCAGACCCAGUCAUGGAGUUCUAACAGCACGGCUGCCGAAAGACCCAGCCAUGCUCCCACCAUGUCUGGCUCAUCAACAUCUGGCCAGUCUCAGUCGAGCGUUGCCAAGCCGAAACGCAACGUACUGCGGAGAAAGCAGUCGUCUGUCACCCCAAAGACACCCAGCCUACGUCACGAUUCGAACAACACCGAUUCAACUCGAGGAAGCUCAUCUUCUUCAGCCCCACGAUCCCGGUCUUCUCUGGAACCCGCCCCCUAUCACCUUGACCGCGGCAUAACCGAGAGCCCAACCGAGAUUCGCAUUGCACACGUUAUCGAUCUGCCCAAGACCCAGGCGCAACCUGUAACGAUUUAUCCCGAGCUUGAUCGAUAUAGAGAGAUCUAUGGACGACCCUCCACGUCUUCCGAGGGAUCCAGCGUUGAUUUCCUCCACAGGCUGGCUACGCACGACCUCCCACCCCCGACUCCCGUCUUCUCCGGCACCAGCAGCCAGUUGAGUGCUUUCAGUGGCAGCCCUUCCACUAGAUUCUCUGAGUCAACUAGCCCGGGUCCAUACAGCCGUGAUACCACUCCCACCUCCAUGUCGUCACAAUCGCCAGGACUGGUGGUUCCGAUGCGACUUCCUGUGCCCAGAGUGAGGCAAGUGAGUCCGGCAGUAACACGGCCACCAGUCGCCCGGAGAAGAGCCGGCAGCAUACCGAAUGAGAUGGAAGCGUUUAGCGCCGACCCCCAAGGGCUUGCCGCGGUACGCGAGUCUUUGACAUCGUCAUCGUCAAACUCGACAGUUCGAGAAGGAGACCGCAAAGAGUCCAAAAAGAAGAAGAGGUUGUCGCCUCUACCUCCUAGCCCACCGCCACGGAAGUCGUCCCAGAAGUUUACCAAGGAUCAAGACGAUGACGAGUCUCCAUUCAAGGCCUCACGAGAGCCGGCUGUGCCAGUCAUGGCAGCCCCGUCACCCGUUCAAUCCCCCCCACGACGGAUACCAGCUGCUUCACCCAGGGCAACCCCCCCUGCUCGUCCCAGCCGAGACAACACCCCGGACCUGCAAUCCCAGCUGUUUGGUCCCUUGCCCAUCAUCCACAGCAAUCUAUCCUCAUCUUCCUUGUUAGGCGACAAACGUGGACCGGAGCUGCAGCCAUUGUCGCGAUCAACGACUCCCCUAUCAUACCCAGACAACCCUCAGCAAACCUCCCGUUUGCCGGUUGGUAGGGAGGCUACACCAGCCCCGCGCUCAGCAAAUGCCGUGGACACGAAGAAGAAGAACGACGGAACCGUCACUCGUACCCCGAGCCCCGGUACAUCGACCUUUUCUCGGUUUCCCUUCUUUGGGAGGCGCUCCAAAACAGCGCCGGAGGUUCCUCAAGUCGACAAGAAGGACAAACCGGCUCGUAAGGGGCCAGCCGCCGGCACUGGGCAUGAAGGUUACGGACGCCUGGGUGGUCUCCGAAGACGAAGUGGAAGUUCAUCGACCAACUUGGCCCGCCCUAGUCUAGGACCCGGUUCCUCUCAAGACAGCCUCAGCAGCAACCAGCCAACUGAUCCUUUCCUCCUGGAGCGGAUGAACCCCGUCAUCAUUUCCGGCGGAGGACUCGUCGACAACAGAAAUAAUAGCGUAGACUUGGUCCGUUCAGAGAGCUAUCAGAGCCUUGGAUACGCCUCUGAGGUGUCCACAACUUCCAGCAUUGGGCGUAGCCUAGCCCCAUCAGCCAUUCCUCGAGGUGGUCCUCAUCCCUCCCUCAGUCGUCGCCGUCCCUCCGACAGUAGCGAUUCCGAGGCAGUGACUAUGAAGCCCACGCUAGCGUUCAGGCGAUCCGUUCAGCGUUUGCGUUCGUCUCCUGACCAGAGUCCACUGAAGCUCCCUCAGCCCAUCAACACCACUGGGAUUACGUCGCCGUCGAUUAACAGCCAUGAUACAAGCAUUCUUACGGAUGAUUCGCAAUUCGAAAUGCAUAGGGAGGUCAUUCGUGGCCGCAUUGCCGCAGCCACUGCGACAACACCGAAGAAGCUCACCAAGCGUACACGCUCUCCAAGGAAGUGGAAUCUCUUCAGCCGAUCCCAGAGCCAGCCGAACACCAAGAAGUCAGGGAAGGAUGCUGUGCCAGUGGCUGCAACCGUGAAAGUAGUACAGCACAAGCCAGCUGCCUUCUACACUCUGAUGGACGGUUCCGAGCAGGAAGACAUUGGUACUCCAGACGUCGAGGAGAUUCUUCGCGAGGCUGAAGUCUUCGAUCUUCCAUCCCCUCCGCCUGUUCUAAAAGAAAGACGAACAUCCUCUGCAAGUCAGACCAACAGAAGAGAAUCCUUGAGCAGGCUUUUACAGCCAACCAAGUCAUCGCAAGCUCGGAGAAACUCGGCGACCGCAAAGUCAACUUCAAUCCCAGCGAUUCGGUCCAUGAAGCCUACCCACACACCUCAGUCUAGUGUUUCGAAGCCAGCUGAACCACGCCCAAGUCGCCUGCCUCAAGUUGGCCGUAUUCCCAAGGUCGUGACCUCUCGUCCAGAGCACACCUCGUCGAGAAGCUUCUCUCGUCCUUUCAACAGAAUCAGCAUGCAGAUACCGCCGCAAGCCGCAAGCUUCAACCCGGAUUUCGUUGCUUCGGGUGCGACUCCAACCCCAGAGCUAUCCACGCCCGAACUGUCUCGUGGAGAAUCUACGGCGACUAGCGACAAGACCAACUCGGACCCUCGCUCUUCUCUUGUUCCCGUCAAGACGCCUGAGAUGAUCCAAAUCGGUAGAGAGUUUCUGGCGUUUUCUCCUCGAAAGAACUCUGAGUGCACCACAAGCACUGAUUCCAGCAGUUUGGGCAUGUACACACUUGCAGAUGCCAUGGCUUAUGUGCCCGAUCCGAAUGCACCUCUUGUUGAGGACGAGAUUUGGGAUGAGUACAACGAUCUAAUCGGCGACGUACCGCCGUCUGCGACAUCAUCAAAGGGCGCCCCGUUCCAUCUCGAGACCCACGGCUCGCGAAUGUCAAAGAGGUCUUUGAAGCCUCUCGAAUCUCCUACCAUUGCGCCGCCAUCAAAGACUCUGGAGAAGAACGUCGAGGUCGAAGCGGGCGCUACAACGUCUAGUGUCUAUUCCGCCGAUAUGACCGAGCGUCUCAAGGCUGCCUUUGCGUUGAAGCCUGAGGGAGAAAUCCUUGUACCUGUUGGCGAGAUCCCUGCUAGAGUCAUUGACCGCGAGAGCACUGAGCUAGCACGUAAGGCGACGGCCGCGUCUCAGAGAAGUAGCAGCUCGUCUCGCAGAUCAAGACAGUCCGACUGCAGCUACAAGUCUUCCGAGGAUGAGUCGCCGCUCUCUCAAGUCAACCUUCGUGUCGGUUCGAUGACGGUCAGCAAGUGGUUGUCUUUUGGUCAUGUGCUCUUCAGCCCAGCCCGGGACCAGCUUCUGGACGUUGUCGGCUCGCUGAAGCGUCACUCCAUUCUCGUUGUCGAUGGCCUUGGUAACGAUGACUGGUCGUUCUACGCGGCAGAGACAUACCCUGCUGCUACCUUCUUCAACCUGUCACCCCGCGCGCCGUUGCCAGAGGAGCAUAAGAACUCGUCAAGCUUCCCAUUGAGCCCGCCAAACCACCAUCAGAUUCAGUACCUCUCUCAGAUGGACAAGUUCCCCUUUGGCGCAGAGAGCUUCACCUCGGUGGUCUUCCGUUUCCCUGCAGCCGCGCCUGAGUCUCACUAUCGGAACAUUGUUUCGGAAGCACGUCGAGUUCUCAAGCCGGGUGGCUACCUGGAGCUCUCGAUCCUUGACGUUGAUCUUAACAACAUGGGCAACCGAGGUAGGCGUACUGUCCGCCGACUGAAAGAACGUAUCCAUGUGAACAACUCGGAAGUCAGCAUUGGCUCGUCCUCCGACCUCAUUCUGCGCCUCCUCGGGCGCAAGGGAUUUUCCGAUGUCAAGAACUGCCGCGUCGGCGUGCCAGUGGCGAGCGUGGUGACUCGGUCGGAGAGCGGCAGCAAGAAGCCACCCGUCGCUGGCGCCCGGAAGGCUAAGGAAGUUCGCAGCCUUGCCGAGAUGAUGAACGAGGACGGCGAUUCCGCCGAUGAGAAUAUCACCAAGAUGGUGGCCAAGGUGGGCCGAUGGUGGUACAGCCGCUGCUAUGAGAGUGCAGCUGGGACCAUCAGCAAGAGCAUCUGGUCUGAUCGUGCUUUGCUUUCUGAGUGCGAGGAGCUGCGAACAAGCUUCAAGCUCAUGGUUUGCUACGCACGUGUACCGGAUAGGGCGCGAACCGCAAGUAUCUGA